AUGAUAAGGAAAGAGUCCAAUAUAUACGAGAAGCUGGACCGGAUAGUGUGCGAUGUGUUGCGAAACAUAGAUGAAGAAACUAAAGGGGUAGGUGAAGAAGCACAUGAUAAAGGGGGUACGAAUUAUGCGGAUGAAAAAAGUACAAACGAACGGGUGUAUAAAAAAUUCUUUGAACUUUUUAACAGGGAGAGUUACAUAGAAAAGUUAACACAUGACGAAUUAGUAGCAACAUAUAGAGACAAAAAUGCACACAAGUAUCUAUUUUACAUGUUCGAGUAUUUACAUAAUAAAAUCACCCAAACGAGGAAUGUAAGACACGUAGAUUUUUUAUUUUUGAUACUUCGAUACAUUACGUAUCUGUGGUUUCUUCUCUCUAAUGAUGAUAAAUUGGUUUUAAUAUUUUACUACUAUUUCAAGUUGGUGGAUUUGUUGUUUAAUUUAAAAUUUGUGAGAUGUUCCUUUUUUGUGAAUAUUUACAAUUUGCUGAUUUAUUUUUAUAUGAAAGAUAAAAGGAAAAAAAAAAAAAUUAUCUUUCCAGUGAAAAAAUUAAGAGAAAAAGAAGCAGGCUUCCACAUAAAAAAUGUUAUAUCGGAAUUGAACAAAAUAAUUGCAAAUGAAAAUGCUCAUUUUAUGGAGACUGUUGGGAAGAGAAACAAUUUUGUGAAUCUCCAUAGCCAUUCCCUGUCAUGUGGAAAUGCAGAAAGGAAGGAGUUCCCAUCGAAUACGGAAGAAGAUGCAUUUACAUGUGCGGGUAUACAAAAUGUGUAUGAUUACCUAUGGGUUGGGUAUCACCAAGGGGAAAAUGAUCCUCAUGAGACGAAGCAUAAAAAUAAACAUACGGAAAAAAUCGAAUCAGAUAGUACUGAGGAGGAUAAGUCAUUUGUUCUGAUAACAAAAUGUCAAAAUUGGAAUAAUGAGAAUCCUAUCUUUCCAAUUUUUAGCAUUUUCUCAGUUACUUCCUCAUAUAAUUUCUUUUUAAACAUUACGAAGCAUUUAUUCAAAAUUAGUGUAUACGAUUUUAGUACCUUUUUUCCCCUCCUAAGUAUGCUUAACGUGGAAUUUCUACUUUCCCAUUUUCACCUUUUUGAAAUUUUGCACUAUGUCCAAAUGGAGGAGAUGAACUCGGACAUAGGUGACUCCAAAAAGGAAACAAAAAUUGUAUCAAUUAGUUCGAGCCAAUUUACACCUUACAAAUCGAAUGAACAAGUCACCACUGAAGGGAAGGAAAAAACGCUCUCAAAGAACCAAGGGAUUUUUUCAAAUAAUAAUAAGAGUAACAAAAAAAUUUUAUGGAAUAUCCUUUUUGAAGAGCUAAAAAAGGUAUACAUUGUAGACACGAAAAAUGUGAAUUAUACAUUAAAAAUGUUAAAAUACUCUUUCAGCUUUUUUCUGUUUGAAGAAAAAAUUGUACUAAAGAAUAAUGAAUGGGGAAUUCGUGUGAUAAAAAAAGGGGAACACACCUUCGCGCAAAUUUCACAAGUAUAUUUAAAAGAAUUACUAAAAUUUAGCCUCUCCUUUGUGAAUAAUUUAAUGAGCUCAAUUACGCUAAAUGAGGAAGUCGUGUUUAAGGCCAUUUCUUACGUGUUUUAUUUGCUUUCGAAAUUGAUAUGCAACACGAUUAAUAACUUAAGGAAAUAUAUUUUGCUUAAUAACGAUAAUAACCUUGCCCUCGUUGCGCUAAUUACGUAUAUUUAUAAAUACUUCAAAAGGGUUUACCUGGAGAAGAACGCAGCGGGCGAUGUGCACAAAGGGAACGCUGGAGCAGUUGGAUGUAUUGAAGAUCAGAAUAAGUUGAAAUACACAUUUGUGACACUUGAAAAAGUAUACCAGAAAAUUCAAGAGUGUUUGUAUGUCGUCCUAACUGUUGACGAAUCUGUUGAAUCGAAUAUCAAAAAAAAGUUAGUGCAAUGUAGUGAUGGAGGGAUGCCCUAUUCUGAUGGGCCCCAGGGCUCCAGACAGAAUGCAGAUAACUGCGACCUGUACUUUUAUAUCAUUAUCAAGAUCAAUAAAAUGAACAUGUUUUAUUCCAACUUGGAAAUUAUCAAAAUACUCUCACAGAAGGAUAAAAACGUGUUCAGAAAAUAUAUAUACACCAUUAACAAGAACAAUGAAAAUUUUUGCUCUUUUUUUUCGUGUUUAUUAAAUAUUGACUAUAAGGAAAAUCAGCAUGAGCUGCUUUUAAAAAAGUACAUGUCCAAUUUGAAGGAAAAAAAAAAUUAUAAAAAUAAAAAGUUAAUCAAGCUAAUGAAGCCUUAUCAUUCCCCCCUCAAGUACAUCAUUUUGAAAAAUGAAAUAGACCAAGAUGGAGCAAAAAAGAGUUCCGCAAGGAAAAGCACCCUGGGAGUCAAUUUCCCUCACAGGGAUUACGAUAUUCAUACUUUUGAGGGCGAUAAGAGGAAGGUUAUUGAUUUGCGUGUUAGAAGGAAGAGCAUGUAUGAUUUUGGGAGAGGCGAAAAGGGAGGUAAUCCUUCCAGUUCUCUCCAACGUGACCAUGUGAUGAAUGGCCACACUGUAGAUGGAGACACAGUAGAUGACAUCACAACGGAUGAAACCUCAUCCCAUGAGACAUUAUCGGAUGAGAAUACCACCGAUGGCGAAGAGGAUAAACCCAGUAAUAACCCAGCAAACUGUCCAGAUAGAGGUUGUAAGGACUACUUUUCCGAGGGACUGAAGCGGGCGAGAGCUUCUAGCUCGCAUGCAAAGGUAAAAAAAAAAGAGAUGCCAAUAUUUGAAAAUUCGAUCCUUCGAAUAAGGAAGAAGCAACUGGACAAAACCAACAUAGAUUUUAAAAAUGUGUGCCAUAGUAUGACUAUGGCCAUUAAAAGAUGCAUACUAAUCUCAGACAGUAUGAUUACCUACUUCAAAACUUACCAUGGUUUUGAAGCUAACUUUAACAUUUACAUCUGCAAAAAUAUAUAUAUUAAUUUUUUAAGAGUUUGCCUCCUAUGCGCCAGUCUCUUUUCGUACCUCUGCGUGAAGCUUAACUAUGACGAGAUCUUGAAGCAAAUGUACGACUCAAAUUUAAUCAUAAUGUCAUACAAUAUUUUUGACAAAUAUAUAAGUUUCGUGUUGGACCAAGACGUCAAGCGAUUGCGCAAGUAUAAAAAUGUGUUGCAGGUGCCUACCAGGCAAUUGAAUAGGGGGAAGACAGGAGCUGGACGCUCCUCUGAGGCUACCUCUUCAGUGAAUGCGUCGACCGCGGUGAAAGAACAGAAGGAAAGCUUCUCCACGGUUACAGCCUAUACGCAGCUGCACCGAGAUGAGAUUUAUGACGUGUUAGGUGCCCGAGGAAAUCAAGGCGGAAGGGGUUUCUUCCUGUCGGAUCAAGACGAAUUCAUCGAGACGAUCUACUUGAACACUUUCAUGAUUGUGAUAAAUGUCAUUUCAGUUUGGGAACUAUACCUAGAAAUUCCUGUGGAGGUUCUGAACAAAAUGAAGUACACCUUUUUCGAGCUAUUUUACAACACGACAAUUAAAAUCAUAAAGUUUAUAAAAAAGGAUAAGGGAUUUUUCUUCCUACUGAACAUUCUAAAAUUUAUUUAUCUCAAAUUUGUAAGCCUUCCUUUUAAUCCAAUAAACAUACACACCUCAAUAAAACUGCACGACUUUUACGACUUUCUCAUUAAUGAUGGUGAGGAAGAUGUGAAGAAAGAGGAGGAGCAGAAAUUUAAUAGUGAGGAUAUGUACAUGAAUUCAAUUAGCCCCCUGAAAUUUUUGAUUAACCCAGACAAUGAGGCACAGAGAAAUAAUCUUAUUAACAGUGUACAAAAAUUAAACAUACACCCUGAUGACCAUGUACUAUCAAACGAGCAUGAUUACAAUACAUUUAGUGUAAAUAAAAAGAAGAGGGUAAGCAUGGGCGGUUUAGUUCCCGUGUUUUUAAAUAACAAUCGUAGGAAGAGGAGAAGGACGAGCGUUGGCCCUUACACCUCAUAUGACAGCCUUGAAAAUAACGAUAACGGUUCCUACUGCACGGUUAGGAAUGGCGUCUCUACGGAGCACGCACGAAUGGAUGAUCAAACAAGCACCAGGGUAAAGUAUGAUUUGGGCGGAGGAGAAUACGAAAGUGAAAAUAUUCACGUCAAGGACAGUAAUAUCAAUGACAGUAUCAAUGUGACACCGAAACGUAAUUAUGACUAUGCACAACCAGAGGAACGGAAAGAGAGCGAAAAUUUUAGAAACACCUACCUAAGCAACUACUACAUCCCGCACAUCGAUCUGCUAUUCAUCAUUGUGGAUUUGGAAGUUUUUCACUACUUUGAAAAGAAGGAGUAUAAGAAAAUAAUUUUUUCCGUGGAAAACACCUUCAAGAGCAUUAUCAGCAAAUGUGACUAUAACACUAAGGAGUAUUUACGAUCAUCCAUUUCGUACAUUUACAACUUUUAUCAACAAGUGCAUCUUAGUGACAGCAAAAUUAACAUCCAAAGUUGCACCGUAAUUAGGCACAUAUUUAACCUUUACAUCAAAUCUAAGGUGUUCUAUUUGAGCAAAAAAAUAAAAAAAAAAUUAGCACACUAUAGGAGUAGCUACAGCAACGAUGGGGAACUAAAAAUGGGUUAUAACAAAAUUUAUGACAGCCUUUUUAGCAGUGAAAAGUGGAAGAACUUUUUUUACAUUUUUUACGAAAGCGACAAUCUAAGACAGAAUAAAAGAAUGGAAAUUAUCAACAAUCUCCUGAUUGUACACAUAAACACUUUGCUUUUCUUGAUAUUUUAUGAAUACCUAUCCAAGUAUGUGACUAAAAAGUUCAUAUUUUUCUUCCGAUUCUUCCUAUUUUUUUUUAACAAAUUGUGUGUUGCCAUUUUAAGUUUGGUGAAUUCGUCAAAUCACCUCGAAAUUUUUAACCUUUUCGAUUGGCAAAAUAUUGCCCGAGAAAACUACGCACAGGAUGAGGAACAAUUGGCUAACAAGAUUAGGAAUGCCAUUCGUCUCGUUCAAAAUUGCUCCGUAUACCCACAGGAUGAGGAAAUAUUUCCCCAGAAAAUUUAUAGCAAGAGGGGAAGACACACUAAUGUUAACGGGAGAAGUAACCCAAUUGUCAUGGUCGACAUUGAUGAGCUCCUAGUCACCUACAUUCAGCUAAAUUUUACGUUUUGCAGAUCGUGCUGCUUUUUCAUUUUCUUCAAAAAUGUCUGCUCUCAAAAGUAUGAGAACAUUUUGAAGGAGAACUUCACUAGUACAUAUUUUGAGCGGUUUAAGAAUAACAGGGAUUUGUUCGACCCUAUCGAUGCUGUAAAGGAUGAAAAGACCAGCAGAAAUGACAAUAACUGGGGGGUAAGCCACACCGCAGAAGAGUUUGCCCCUAAUGAAGAACCAAAUGUAAAUGACUCCUUUGACGAUGAAUCGGACGACAAUUGCAGAAGCGACUCCAGCAGCUCAGGUCUGUCCCAAUCGAGCUUCACCCUCAUAGAGUAUACAGAUUAUUCCAAAAAUGAAGAUUAUAUUUUUCUAGAAUUUAUUUUAGAAAAAAUAGAAGAAAUGGACGUGGAUUAUUACUACAGCAAUGUACUUAACAAUUGUUACUAUGUGAUCAAAAUAGAAACACUUUAUAAUUACAUAUACAAGAAUGAGCAGCUGUUGAGAAGAUUUUCUUUCCUAAAUAAUGUGUAUUAUUUGUAUAAGCUCUACUACCACAUGUUUGUUUGGUCUUCCAAUAAAAGUCAUGUCAUGGAUAAGAAAGACGUCGCUACUGAGGGAAUCAACGGAGAAAAAAAAUUAUCGAAAUUGUACAAUGACAUCUUUUACCUGUUCGAUGUGAACCGCAUUUUGGGAGAAACCUUCUGCAGCAAGUAUGUACACCUGAUUGAUCAGGCCGGGGUCUCCGAUUUCACUCCGAGUGGAGGAACACCUGACAAAAUUGCCAAAAUGUCUCCCCCCCACGGCUAUGCAAAUGAUUAUGGCGCAACUGAACGGAGAAGCGUCGAAGAAUCGCCCUACUUUUUGUGCGACAUUUACAACUUCAAAUUGAAAUUGUUCCACCCGCUAAAUUUUGAAAAAAGACACUUAGCCAAAGGAAAGAAAAAAAACACAUUCGAUAACUUUCUAAUGGUUAACAAGAAUUAUUUACUGGACUUAAAGCAUAAGUAUGGCAAAAUUAAGAAGUACAUAAAUAACUACAUGGUGUACUUGUACCAUAUAAUUCUUCACUUUUAUUACAAUGAAUAUGGCAUAGAUAGGGAGAAAUUAUCCUUUCACUAUAUUGUGUACUCAUUUCAAAGUGCGUUUGACACGCUUAACAGUAAUAUAUUGUGCAGUCGUCAUGACACGGUGUGCUCCUCCUCUGUCCAGGGAGUUGGCAAUGAAAAGGGUACCCCUCCUUACGUCCCACCUUUCAAUAUCAUUUCAAAAUGUGAAUUAAAAAAAAACAUACUUCUGAUUUUCGACAUUUUAAAUAAUAUAUAUGAUGUAUACCAUGGUAACAUAUUUGAAAAUUCCAAGUGGGCAGAUUCCAUUGUAACACAAAUUGACACAAAGCUUAUCGGCUAUCUCAGCGAAAUAUACAAAAUUGCCUAUCUGUACAAAAUGUAUCAUUGUUGCAUGUGUAUUUUGGUACUCUGCCUCUUGUUUACAUCCAAAUUUUGGCUAAUUUAUGUAUUUAACGAGAAGCAUCCAUGUGGGCAACAGGUUGGUAGUUGUCAUACCGUCGGGGGGCAUAGCGAAUAUUAUCAACCUGCCACUAGAGGGAAGCGAAAGGUAGGGAGUAAGCCAAAGGAGAAGAGCGUAGAUAAGGGAACGCUGCUUCAAAAUGGUGCAAACCUCGGACGUGGUGCGAGCAGGAGAGGAAAACCCAAAGAGGGUUCUUAUGAAUCAAAUGAAGAAAUGACAGGAAGCCCCAAAGGAAGGAGAGCAUAUAUACUAACCGGAAUUUACGACAAAAUUUUGUCUAAAAGGAAUGAAGUUAACACGAAAGAGAUAUACAAUGAUUUGCACAACUAUAUGCAGAUGCUAAUCGUUUGUACUUCCAUAUUUUAUCUCUCAUUUUUAUGUAUAGAAAAGAUACAGAAAAAUUUGCAAAAUAUUUAUCUCCUUAACUGUGCUAAUAGUUUGUAUAAUUGCUACGUACAGUUUUAUGAAUAUAUUGAGAAAUUUUGCAAAGAGCACUGUGAAGAUAAGCUGUACGCGUCCUCCCUCUUCUUUGACACUUUCCACUUAGACCUGAUAAACUUGAAACUUCAAGCUCACGUAAAAGCAGGAAGGUACAAGGCCGAAAUGAGAAAAAUGAAGAAAAUAUUAUGCGAAUCGUCCUCGAGGGUGAGUGCAGAUUCCGAGGGUGGGGUCACUACUAUGCCACGCAGCGAGCAUAGCAGAGAAAGGAACAGAAGCACUUGGGAUAAGGCGCAGGUAGAUUUAUUCUCCAAUUUUCCAUAUCUGCUCUACUACAACGAAAAUGCAAGCAUGGAAUGCAUAUCCGACUUAAGGAGGACGGAGAAGAAAUACCAAAACGAUGGUAAAAACUUUUUCAAAAAUAACAUUUGCCUAUAUUUUAAUAUGGUAAGAUAUUUGUAUAAGAAGAGAAGCAAGUACACGGGUUUGCUUCCAUUUGUCAAUUCGUACAUUAUCUCGAUAGUAACGCUGAUGAAAUUUACCAUUGGUAAGUAUUUUUCGAGUUUUAAUGUGUCCUUCGAUUUCUUUUCUCUAAAAUUUGAAUAUCCAAUAAAGCAGUUCGACAUGGAUAUGCUCACUAAAGUAAAAAAAACGGAUGACGAAAAGGAAAAUAUUAAGUUAACUAACAAGGCUAUAUUGAUGAAUCUGGAAAAUCUCUACUGUAAUAUGUUCCUAAAUAAGGAUAUGUGUUACCAAAUAAAAUUCGUUUAUACAUAUUACAAAAAAAUUUCGAGCAUUAUGUACAAAAUGAAUAAUUUUGUACUGAGCUAUUAUUAUUUAAAGAGAAACAUUCUGUUCGUAUGCGAUUUGAUUUACCUUCCAGACGUUGUUCAUAAUUAUUUGCUUCUCAUGAAUAUCAUUUUAAAGAGUGGAAGAGAGAGAAUCGAAUUGCUAACGCAGGAGGAGAUUUUCUUCGAGAACUUGAACAACCAAUUGAGUAUUUAUUAUAAAAAAAAUUUGGACCAAGACACAGACACAGAGACAGAUGCGAAUUAUGCAAAGGAUAAAACAGUCAAAGAUGUAAACGAUUUUAAAAUUUAUGAAGACAGUGAUUUUUGCAAUAUUGAUUAUGUGAAAACACCUCUUAAUACUUACUUAACGAAGAGGCAUAUUUAUGAGUACAGAAAUAUGUUGAAUCAAUUUUUGGCCUACUUAACGUUUUUGAUGAAAAAUCCUGACCAUUCUCUUAUAUUGUCGACUAAGCGUAGAAGGGAGAUACUCCACAUGUUAUGUCUAAUCCUUUUUACGAAGAGGAGAAUGAAUUACUUUUGCUGCAGCAAAGCCCGUCCGAAAAAAUCAAAGGAUGUGGCUACUAACGGCAAAGGCACCUCCUGUAACCAUGACAAUGCAAAACUAUCAGGGAAAAAAUGCACAAAUGAGAAAAAUGAAAAUAGGAGCGAUCAGGAUAGGGUGAUGUCCCAGAAUGUUACGAAAGAAAAUCCAGACAACCAUAAAAUAAAGCAUUUUGAAAAAAACUUUUUAAUAUGCUUCAACAACUGUAACGAAAAAAAAGAAGAAACAUUUUUUAAUUUCUUCCUCGAAAAAUUAUUUAUCAUAAGUAACAUCGACACAGAUGUAUUCGAUGUCGAGCUAGAAGAUGAAGAGCAAGUUGAGUCUCUCAUAAAAUCUCAAGUGUUACGUGAUGUAAGCAAUCUUAAUUUUGUUCACCCAGGAGUUGUCCACUCGAACGAUAGUUUCCUUAACGUGGGAAAUGAAAUUUCGAGUGAACAAGAAAAUGCAGCCCAAAAUAUCGAACGGAAGACAAAUCAGACCAAUUGCAUAGAGGAAGAAAUUCAUCUUGAGUGCCAUCGAAGCGCUAAUUCCUACUACUCUUUUAAAAUUAACGACAUUUCAGUUUUGAAUUACCUAUAUUUAAAUUACAACUUUGAACAAAACUUAACUUACACAGAGAAUUACAUUACUAAUAGAUUUUUCAUAUUUAACUGCAGAAAAAUGAAUAUAUAUUUUGUGAAAAUAUUGCUAUACUAUAUCAACUUGAUAUUUUUAAAAAUAAAAAAUAUUUUCUGUGAUGAUUGCGUUUACACCAUUAAAAAACAGCAGUUCCUUAACUCCUCAGCGAAUGAUUGCUCUAGGAACAUUUUUUUUUUCUUGUUCAUAAAUCUUUUUCGCUUUUUCAAUUUUUCCAAUAGAACUUUGAGUGAGUUGUGCGCAAACUAUUUCCCCGGAAAUAAAAAUUAUGCCUCUUGUCUAGACGAACUAUAUCGGAGUAAGAAAUAUGGUGAUCUCUUAAUGGAGGUUUAUGCAAAUGAUGGAAAGCGCAUCAUCGAAGACACAAAAACACAUAAUGAGGAAGACAAGGAAAACAACUCUGAUUAUAAUCUAGCAAAUGGACUAGACAAAAUGUUGAUGAUUAAUUUUUUUGAAAUUUUUUUAUACCCACAUAAAAAUUGCAGCCUUUUGGAAGUGCUAACUGUGUGCUAUGAAUUCUUGAUAAACAUGAAAGACGAUAAAUGGAGAAAACUAAGGAAAAGAAAUAAACAUAAAAUGUACGCACUGUUAAAAACGGCGGUUACCGAAUGGCAGGAUCGAAACAAUCCAUCUGUUUUUUAUUUCCAAAUUAUCUUGGUGCUGUUAUCCUUGCUGCUCCACUACACGUGCAAAGGGGCGCUCGUGCAUGAAAUGAGGAAGGUGGCCCAGUUUUUCCUAGACUUUGUGUUUUUUUUUAUAGAGAAUAUAAAGAACAAUUUGAUCAUUCUGCAGAUAAUUGAAGCCUACGGAGAGGGACACACAGAUGGUUGCGCAGAUAAUCAGACAAAUGAUCACACAGAUGGUCCCGUAGAUGGACACACAGAUCGUCACACAGAUCGUCACACACUUGGAUAUCCAUGCGCGAGGCGGACCCAAGUAAAUCUCCUAAAAUUCUACUUCCGAAAACUGCUGUCCCUGCUAUACCUCUACACGGACGAGCUAAUAUUGUACACUAUCAAAAAUAAUAUAGACCAGGAAAUCAGCCAAAAAAAUUACUACAGGAAGCAUGCCCACGAAAAUUUAAAUAUAGAAACGAUAUGUAAUUAUGAAUACAUAUGUCAAUCGAAUUUGAGCGAACUUUGCUUCUAUUGGGAUUACGCAAUAGUGUCGAUGAGCCACGAUAAGAGUGAUCUGUACAUUUCUCGUUGCUUUAAAAACUUCCUCUUUGUGCUAAUUCGAAUUAUUAGAGAGGAGACGCAUAAUGCGGGGCAAUUCAGUGGGGAAAAUGAGGCUGCCACUAAGGGGAGGAGAAAUUAUGGAGACAAGAAUGACAAAAGGAGAGAUUCCCAUAUUGAGGAGGAUAAAGAAUGUUUCAAUUUUUACAGUAAAAUAAAUAACCUUUUUUCCAUUUUGAAUGAUGAAGAUUUAUGCGAGCGGUUAUUCAUUCAGUGGGGGAAAGUCUCCUUAAGUGAUAGCACAAUAAUGGGAUGCCUAAAUAAAAAUGCAAACAUUUCGACAGAUGAUGCACACGAAGUGUAUGCAGUUAAGAAGGGCAAUUUGAACCACCAUUCGGAUGGAUACAAUGGAGCACCUCCUAGUAAUAUCAUCAAGUCAGAAAAUGGACACUCCAGGGGUGAGACGAUUAUCCGUGAAAAUGCCACACAUGGGAAGGGUAAGCAUAGCAAAGUAAGAAACCCCACGGGGAAACAUUUUGAAAAUGAUAAAAUGGGAUUUGAGCAGUUACACAACCCCCCCACAGUAAAUAUUUUUUUCACAUCCAUGGGAAAAGGAGGAAUGGAAAUAACUAACGAGCUUGGAGAAUCAAACAAAAUAACCAGAGAUAAAAGUAGCUAUUCCUCUGCACCGUAUUUGUCGAAUGAGAAGGACCAGGUAACAAAGGACAUUCAACUUGUGAAGUUCUUCUCGCGUUUGUACAAAAAUGCCGAUAGAUGCAUUGAGAACAAAACCAGUGAAUAUUUCCACGUAGAAAAAAUACACCUAAAUAUCGAAAGGUUCCCUAUUAGGGAAAAAUGGAAUUACAUCAAGAAAUUGGAAAAAAUAUUAAAGCAAUAUCAGCAUAUGAUAAAAAUAAUGUGCGAAAUUUUACACGAAUCCAAGAACGUGGAUCGAAAUAAAAGUAAUUUAAAAAUGUUCAUAGAUUUGUGGUGGAAUAACAGAUACACUCUAGAGCAGCAUUUAAAGAUACUGAAUUUAGAUAUCUCCAAUACGCUUGGAUUUUCCAUCCAUAAAUUGAUGUCCAUUCCGUUGAUCUCUUUAAAUAUAAGAACCAACAUAGUGCUAAACAACAGUGCCAACUGGAGAGAUGAUGACCAGAAGGAGGUAUGCACCCGCACUGAUAAAGAUAGCACACAGGUCAACAGUGCAUAUAAUACCCUGUCAAUUGUUAAUAACCAGAAAUAUUAUUUGAGUACCAAUUUUGAUUUGUUCCUGGUAUUAUACUACUAUUCUCACAUGCUCAACAUCAUAGCGUGGAUUAAUAAGUGGGGGAGGUACUUUGUUCCUUCCCGAUAUUGGGAUACUGUGCAUUUUGUCAAUGUCCUCCUAAACUUAACUGUUUUUUCUAUCGUGUUGAAGAACUGUAAUGUACAAAUUACUCAUGCGAAGAGGAAAUACUUAAGAUGGGGAGGCAUUUUGGAUGGCCACCCGAGCCGAAUGGACAAAGGUGAAAGCACCCUCAUUGGUAGCAACAUGCCUGGAGACACUGCGAAUGGAGUGGAUUCCUUUUCAUCUCGUAGUGUAACCAAGGGGAGGAAUGAUAAUAGGAGAGCUUCGAAAAGUUUGAUCCCCUUUGAUAAAAACGUCGUAACAUCCUAUUUGCCCUUCAUUAAUAAAGACAUCGAAACGAUUCUAUUUUUGGAGGAAAGGAAAAAAAAAAACAAAAGGACAAGUACAGAAGUAGGUCAACCAUAUUUACUUGAUAUAAACCCACCAAAUGAAGGAAAAAAACGGACAAUUGUUUCGAGUACCCAUCGAUGGAGUGUGAAUCUUCAAGAAGGAAUUAAUCAAAAUGACGAUUGCCAUUCUACAUAUAAAAGUAUGCACAGGGAGGGAGUCGAACAUGUGGAGUCCAUCUCAACUGUGGACAACAAGUACAGAAUUGUUAUACCCAAAAGGGAGAGUGAAUCUGCCUACCCGCAUAACAGCCACCACCACAACAACCACAACAGCCACAGCCAUGAGAAAAAAGGCAGGAGAAGAACUAUCAAUGUAAUCAGUGAACAAACGAGCAAUAGGGUAGACAGCUAUUGUGUGGAUAGAUGUUCGAUUUAUAAAAGCGAAAAACAGAGCAGAGAUGAAAAAAAGGUAAAUUCAACAAUAUAUGGAUAUGUGAGUCCCCUAAAAACAAAUAUUUUUGAGCACAUAAAGAAUGAAGACCAAAGUGAGAUACUGACAAAGGAGGGGAAAAGAAAAAGAACUACCGUGGCAGGAACGUUAAAUUUGGAUUAUGUGAAAAAACAAGAGAAUAAAGAUGAAAAAAAUAAAGAAAAUAUUUAUUUAAAAUAUUUGGAUUUAAAAAAAAAAUGCGACAGGGGAGUACUGAAAUGCUCUUUCCUAAAAUUAAGGAUGUACUUGUAUAAUAUACUUAUAGAUAUUUUCGAAAAUAAUAAUAUACAUCCCAAAAAUAUUUUUAACCUUUUUAACAUCAUUACUCAUUCGUUCAUUAUGGAUGUUAUCAAAUGCACCAUGGUAGAUGAUGAACUCGAUCAUGAACGAUUAACAUAUGUGAAAAACGUAGAACAUAGGAGAAUCAGGAAAACCCCCGUCGUUGUGUAUAUACAUAACAAUUUGAAUAGACUUCCCUUUGAAAAUUUGGAACCUUUAAAAGAUUCCUACAUCGUGCGGGGGGUCCACAAAGCGGUCACUGCAUAUUUGUACGGAAGGGUGAUGGCGAAGAUUAAAGUAGAGGAAUCCAAGGUGAAGAGGCUAUCCCUUUCGAGUACACCUCAAGCAGAGAUGGACGCAGCGGCAGCGGAGGAAGAAGAAGAAGGGGAAAUGGAGGUAGGCAAAGGAACUCGCCAAAAUGAUGACGAAUCGAACAAUUCUGACCACCAAAGUGACGAUUCUCACAUGGAUGAGUACAUAAAGCAGGAAUACUCAAAAAAGUGGAAAAUUGAUAAUGCUAAAAAUGUGUACCAAAUGAACAGUAGUACCCAUCUUACCAGCGUGGAUUUACGUUGUUCCCAUCCCACCGAAUGGAAAAGAAAAAAUUCUGACAUGCCCAAAAGCAUCAUAGAGCAUUGUAACACCACCCAAUUGUAUAAUAAAAACGAGGAAAAUAAAAACGUUUCCAAAAAGAAAGGAAGAAACUCCCUUUCGUAUAUAUUAACGCACCACAUCGAGGUCUCCAAAAAUUAUGAAAAGAAUAACGAUAAAUACCAGCAUGAGUUUAACACGUAUCAGGUCAAAGCGUCCAAUCGUCAUGAUGACCAGGGCAAGGUAUCAUCCCAAGAGAAUCGCCAAAACGCGUUGAAAUCACAACGGAGAAAUACGCUAACUCCAUAUGGACAUGAAACUCUCAACAUCACAGGACACCUUGACGAUAAUUAUGACACACGGAUAGUGCAGGCAAAGGGAAAAGGCAGAUACAGCUUGGUCGUUUCGAGUGAAGAGGCGAAAGAUCAUCUGAAAAAGGAACACAUUCACGAUAAAGACAAUCCAGGUGAGGGCGCACAGGAUACAGACACAAAGGAGGUGCGUGGGAAGAGACAAGGUAAAAAAAGCUCACGAAAAAGUAUUUGCAUUGAACACUCCUUCUUAAACCCCUUCAAUAAUAAUAAUACUAAAAAGGGUCAAGUUGGCAUGUCAUUUAGCGGGGACCACUUUAAUGGUAAAGAUAGUUGCAGAAAAAAAAAGGGGGAAAAAAAACUGUCCAAUAGAUCACCAGAGGAGAAACAUCAAUUGAGAUUAUCACAUUCUGCUAAAAGGAGGGGUAGUAUUAAACGGAUAAACCCUAAUUCGUCAUGUCCGUCUUACCAUUCUCGCUCAUCUUGCGCGUCGUCUCAUCCGCUGUCGUCUGAAUCCGAAUCUGAAUCCGCUUCAUCAGUGGAACUAAUUCAAAAUGAAGAAGAACUGAGAAAAAUAUUCAUGAGUGCGAGAAAAUCGAUGAAUAUGCACAACAUGAUGGGUUCUUACAAAAAUGAAGAAUACAGUUUUUUCCGUUUUAAAAAAAAAAGAAAAAAAAGUGUAAGUGAAUCAGAAGCCUACUUUGAUGAGGAAAAGAAAUUUUCAAGUUCGUGCGUAGAUGACGCUAAAAGGGAUAAUAAAAGGAGAAGCUAUUCGGCAGACCCGGAUCAUCAUUCAAAGGCGUCCAAAAUGAAAUACGUAAAGUACGUUCCUUACUACAUUAAGAGUUCCAGAUUAGUGGAUCCCAAAAGGAGUAACAUUUUUUUUGUUAUUAACCCUAAUGGGGAUUUAAAAAGAACGGAAGAUGCUACAUACCCUUUCAUUUAUUUUAAAAAUAAAGAUAAGUACAAAUAUAAAAAUUGGAAUGGCUACUUUGGCAAAGUGCCAUGCGAAAAAACUUUGCUGAAACAUUUGUGCUGUGAUGACUUGUAUGUAUAUUGCGGUCACCAGGGUGGUGAGCAGUAUAUCAAAAAAGACAUAAUUCAAAAUGCCAUUUUGCGUUAUGAAGACCCCUUGGGUGAAGGCGAAAAAGUGGAGGAAGCUAAAGAGGGAAACCCUAAGAAAGAGCAAAAUCGACAUGGCCGAAUCGCAAAAAGUAAUACAAGGAAAACGGAAAAUAAAGAUCCCCUUUUUACUCAAAAUAAGGACAAAAAGAGAAGAAAUUCAUGCAAUUGGAAGGCAGAAAAACGCAUUCUGGAUAAGGGGAUGAAGAGAAAAUCUGUUGGAGAUAUUUUCAACAUUCACAGCACCAGUGAAAGUAGCGAUGCUUUAUGCACACAGACAGAGAUGGAAGAUAAUGAAAGUAACCGUGUCGGUGAUCCAUAUUUUUCGACAAACCCCAAUGAUGGCAUAAACUCGUGUGUUUUUUUAAUUGGAUGCAGUUCAGGGUUGUUGUCUUCACAUGGUUUUGACUUAGACGUAUGGGGCACCCCGUACGAUUACAUAGUAGGUGGGUGCGUUUUCGUUUUUGGCAAUUUAUGGAAUGUGACAGAUGGAGAAGUUGACGGAUUUACGCAAAACUUUUUCUGGAAAUGGACACAGCCAAAUUCUUCAUCUUUAUUUUGCUCCAACUAUAAUUAUAACAGUGUCCAGAUGGAAAAAGUUUCAACAUUUUGCUUUCGCUUUUUCGCAAAAAUUUUAAGGGGGGUCUCAGAAAUUCAUAUGCGCGAAGAAGACGCAGAAUGGGACAGAAACUGCUGGAAGGAUGACGAUAAUGACCAUAAGGGCAGCAGUGACGAUCUCCUAAUUGAAGUGGGGGAUAAUUUCGUUACCAUCAAUUUUCACACUUACACAUACUUGAAAAAAAAUUAUUUUUUUUAUAAAUAUUUCCAAAAGUGCUACAAUUGCAACAUCGUUUUAAACCAAAAUCUUUUUAGUAUAAAUCAGAACCGGAAGUACUCCUGGCUUAGUAUGACAGAGGCUUUAGCGGAGGCCAAGCAAUUUUGUCGUUUGCCCAACACGACCGGAUCAGCCGUUGUUAUUUAUGGUCUACCCUUGUAA